AUGUGUGGCCCAGUCACUAGCCAAAGUGAAACGUUGAGCCAUCAUGGCACUCAUUCCGUUUGGUCUUCUCACGCCAAGCGAGAGACGCUCAGCUUCCAUGGAAACCAAGGCUACAACACCCUGCUAAAGUGUUAUGGCCAGAGAGGAGAGUUUCUCAAGGCAGUGCCUCGGCAACUUUGCGCAGCUGGAGGAUUGACAGACAAGUGCUAUGGGGGCUAUAGCGCCUUAGUUCAGAGUUACGUGGAGGCGAAAGACUUGCAGGGCGCAGAGCGGGCCAUGCAAGCCAUGAAAGCCUCCGGCUGUGAGAUCGCAAGCAGCAACACCUUCGCCUACAACACGCUUAUGAAGCACUGGGCGCAGCUGGGAGAGGUUGACCAGGUGGAAGAGAUGUUCGGGAGGAUGCAGGACGAUGGCAUCAUCCCCGAUUCCGCCAGCUACCUGCAGCUCCUUCGCGCCUGUGGGCAGUCUGGCGACCCCGAAGGUGCGGCUGAAUGGCUGAAAGUCAUGGGCGAGGAAGAUCUGAGCCCUGGACCCGCACACUUCCACGCGGUCAUGUCAUCGCACGCGAAGCUGGGGGAUAUGGAGGGCACUGAAGCUUGGUUUCGGGUGAUGAUGGAUGCUGGCCAUCGGCCCGAGCUCAUCGGCUUCAACAUCCUCAUGUCUGCGGCCGCCAGCAAUGGCGACACCCAGGGGGCUGAAGGUGUGUUGUUGCGUAUGCAAGACCUGGAGAUUUUCCCAGACGUGGUGACGAUCGGGACGCUUCUGAGCUCCUUUGCCAAGGUCGGCAAUGCCACUGGUGCGACCACAUGGUUGCUCAACGCCGAAGAGAUGGGUAUUGAGCCAGACCUGAACUGCUACAAGCAGGUCAUCAAGGCCUGCGUCGCCGCCGAGCAGCCUGACCUCGCCGAGCGCUUGGCGCGGCGCCUGCUGCGGAAUCGCCUCACACCCGAUGUCUAUACCUACAACAUGCUGCUGAACGCCUUGGCCCACGCUGGCCUGGCGGACGCCGCAGAGUUCUGGGUGGACCACAUGCAGCGCUCGGCCAGAUGGCGCCACAACGACUUCCCCUUGGAGCAAGUGAGCGUCAGCUACUCUGAGGUGCUGUUGGCGCACGUGAAGGCCGGAGAUCUGCAGAAAGCUGAAGAGUGGCUGGAGCAGAUGCUUGGCGAAGGCAUCGAACCACAAGCGAGGUGCUACACGGCGCUCGCACAAAGCUACCUGGACGCUGGUGACCCGGAGCAGGCUGGCAAAUGGCUGGGCCGAAUGACUUCCUGGUCCAACCAUGCGCCGCCACAGAACUUGCUGGAGUCCAUCAAGACGAAGAGGUUGGCUACCGUGGGCUGA